UGUUUACGCGCCCGGUCGUCGUCUCGCUCUCGCCGCAAUCCUCCUGCUCCUCCCGCAUCGUCGUCCCAAAUCCCCAAUUCCUAAACCCUAGCGGAUCGGGAACAAUCGCCCGCGACGAUGCCGUCGGCGGCUGCGGGUCCCGUGGCGGUGGCGGUAGCGCUGGCGGGGAAGGCUUCGUCGCCGGCGGCCUUCGCGGCCCCAUCCAUGGAGAUCUCGCCGGACCUGUACCCGACGGAGGACGACCUGCCCUACGAGGAGGAGAUCCUGCGGGAGCCGUUCAAGCUCAAGGGCUGGUGGCGCUACCUCGUCGCCCGCGCCGCCGCGCCGUUCCCCAAGCGCGCCGUCAUCUACGAGCGCGCGCUCAAGGCGCUCCCGGGCAGUUACAAGCUCUGGCACGCCUACCUCCGGGAGCGCCUCGACCACGCGCGCCCGCACCCGGUCUCCCACCAGGCAUACACGGCGCUCAACAACACCUUCGAGCGCGCCCUCGCCACCAUGCACAAGAUGCCCCGCGUCUGGGUCCUCUACCUCACCUCGCUGCUCGACCAGCGCCUGCUCACGCGCGGCCGCCGCUCCUUCGACCGCGCCCUCCGCGCGCUGCCCGUCACCCAGCACGACCGCAUCUGGCCGCUCUACCUCCGGCUCGCCUCGCUCCCGGCGUGCCCUGCCGAGACGUCGCUCCGCGUGUUCCGCCGCUACCUCCAGUACGACCCUUCCCACGCCGAGGACUUCAUUGAGUUCCUUGUCUCCGCUAAGCGCUGGCAGGAGGCUGCUGACCGCCUGGCCUCUGUGCUCAAUGACGAUGGUUUCCGCUCCGUCAAGGGGAAGACUAGGCACCAGCUCUGGCUUGAGCUUUGUGAGAUCCUUACCAAGCAUGCCGAUGAGGUCGCUGGGCUAAAGGUGGAUGCCAUACUGCGGGGCGGGAUACGCAAGUUCACUGAUGAGGUUGGCAAGCUUUGGACCUCACUGGCUGAUUACUAUGUCAGGAGGACCCUCUAUGAGAAGGCAAGGGAUGUCUUCGAGGAGGGAGUUGCUUCAGUGAUGACAGUGAAGGAGUUCAGUGUUGUCUUUGAGGCAUAUACGCAAUUUGAGCAGAGUAUGCUUGCGGCAAAGCUGGAGGCAGCUGAAGAGGAUGACGAUGCAGGGAGUGACGAGGAUGACGAAGGAGGCAGGAAGAAUGGGGUGGAGAAGCAAUCGAUGAAAUAUCUUGCAGGCUGUUGGUUGAAUGAUGAAGAUGAUACUGACUUGAGGCUGGCAAGGUUUGAGCGGUUGUUGGAUCGCAGACCAGAGCUCCUUAGCAGUGUACUAUUGAGGCAGAAUCCACAUAAUGUGGAAGAGUGGCACAGGAGAGUAAAACUUUUCGAAAAGGAUCCUGCAAAGCAAGGAGCCACAUAUGUUGAGGCUGUGAGAACUGUGGACCCGAUGAAGGCAGUUGGGAAACCCCAUACUCUAUGGGUGGCAUUUGCAAAGAUGUAUGAGAAACACAAUCGUUUAGACAGUGCUGAAGAUAUCUUUAAAAAGGCCACACAAGUGAACUAUAAGGCAGUAGACCAUUUGGCUACGAUUUGGUGUGAGUGGGCGGAGAUGGAGCUCCGCCACAAUUACUUUGACAAGGCAAUUGAACUCAUGAGAUUAGCAACGGCAGAGCCCUCUGUCGAGGUGAAGAGGCGAGCUGCUGCUGAGGGGGACGAGCCUGUCCAGCUGAAAUUACAUAAAUCUCUAAAAUUAUGGAGUUUCUAUGUGGAUCUGGAAGAGAGCCUUGGAACCUUGGAAUCAACCCGUUCUGUUUAUGAGAGAAUAUUGGAUUUAAGAAUAGCCACGCCGCAAAUCAUACUCAAUUAUGCAUAUCUCCUUGAGGAGCACAAGUAUUUUGAAGAUGCAUUUAAAGUGUAUGAAAGAGGCGUAAAAAUAUUCAAGUAUCCCCAUGUUAAGGAUAUUUGGGUGACCUACCUCACAAAGUUUGUAAGGAGAUAUCAGAGAAGCAAGUUAGAGCGAGCAAGAGAGCUGUUCACUGAAGCUGUCCAAAAGGCUCCGCCAGAGGAAAAGAAGGCCUUAUAUUUGCAAUAUGCUAAACUGGAGGAAGAUUAUGGCCUUGCAAAACGUGCGAUGAAUGUAUACGACGAAGCUGUAAGGGCUAUUCCUAACAAUGAAAAGAUGGGUAUGUAUGAAAUAUACAUAGCACGUGCUGCGGAACUUUUCGGUGUUCCAAGGACCCGACAAAUAUAUGAGCAAGCCAUAGAAUCUGGCCUCCCAGACAGAGAUGUGAUGACAAUGUGCAUGAAGUUCGCGGAGCUUGAAAGAAACCUCGGAGAAAUUGACCGUUCGCGUGCCAUCUAUGUCCACGCUUCCAACUAUGCUGAUCCAAACUCUCAUCCAGAGUUCUGGAAGAAAUGGAACGAUUUCGAGAUCCAACAUGGCAAUGAAGAUACAUUUAGGGAGAUGCUUCGCAUCAAACGAACAGUGGCCGCUAGCCGCAGUCAGACGCAUUUCAUACUUCCAGAGUACUUGAUGCAGAGGGACCAGAGGCUAAACCUGGAUGAGGCAGUUGACACUCUGACGCGUGCUGGUGUCCCUCAGGAUGAGAUGGCAGCCUUGGAAAGGCAACUAGCUCCAUCCACAGCACCAUCAGCAGCAGCAGCUCCAAGCACCAGUACAACUCCUGCAAACAGGAUGAUGAACUUUGUCAGUGCUGGAGUAGAGGCACGGGCUGAGAGCAGCACACAGCAGGCUGCUAACAAUGAGGACAUUGAGCUGCCUGAUGAUGAGAGCGAUGAGGAGGAGGAUGUCCAAAUCGCGGAGAGGAGUGUUCCUGCUGCCGUGUUUGGAGAGCUCGGCAAGAGAGCUGCAGAGAAUAGGGAGGAAAGCUCUGGUGCUCAGGAGAACGAGCAGCAGCUGGGCGCCCUCGAGAGAAUUAAGCGAAGACGCCAAUAGGCUAUCACUGUUAAUCCAAGCACGCCAUUAUCUGGAGUGAGCUUAUUGAUGUUGUAGUACAUGUUAACAUGUUCUUGUUGGCGUUUGCCCUUGUAAAAGAAUUUUUUCGGAAGUUAAUCCGGUAUUGAUAUGAGACCCUUUUUUGUGUACAAACUACACGUUUUGGGUCUGUGAACAUGUUCUUGUUGGCGUUUGCCCUUGUAUGCCCAUCCUUUUCCAGAUUUUUUGUUUGUUGAUUCACAGGUAUGAACACUGGAGCUGUGAUAACGUCCUUUGGUUUAGGAAUUUGUACUGAGAAGUAUAAGCUGAUAAAUAUUAAAUAUUUGUCUUCAAUA